AUGCAUCAUAGAAUUAAUAAUAAUCAACAAUACCCACCUCCACCCUCACUUUCUUCUAAUAUUGUUGAUAAUCAUAAUCACAAUCAACAAACAACCUCAUUAACUCAAUCGUCUCCAACAGCUAUCUCACUAGAAGACUUUGAAAAAAUUGUUACAAAGCUUCGGUUGAUUUUCCCAGAUUGUAAUCCUGAUUAUAUUCGUAACUGUUUACAAAAAGAAAUUAGUUCAAAUCCCAAUAAAAAUUAUAAUGAUAAUAUCAUCUCCACUACCAAGAAUGCUGUUAAUGAAGGAAUAAGACCUGAACUUCCAUCAAGACAUCAUCCUUGGUCAUCUCCAAGCGAAAUUGAUACUGGAAAUGAGACAAAUAAAACAAGAGAAAUUCCUACAAUUAACAAUUUUGUCAUGAAUGCUGUUGGAAUUACCAAAUCUUCAACUGGAGAAGAAUUUGCUGUCCAUAUUGUUGCUUUCUAUCCAAGAGACCCUGAUGUAAAGACAAAUCUACAAAGGAUAGAACCAAACCAAUUCGCUCGGGUGGGAGGGAAAUUUAUGAUUGAUGACACAGAUGUGGACAAUUCGAAUGUGAAGUUCUUGAAGGUGAUGGCGACGAAUUUAACAAUCAUGGAACUUGAGAAUGAAGAAUUAGAACCACCAGACAUUGUUGUAACAAUGACUGCAACAGCAAUGAACCAACACGGAAGGGAUGG